CUCACUUGUAAAAGUUGUCUUUUUGACAACUAAUCAUAUUCUAAUUCUUUUUCUCUGCCCUUUAUGGAAAAGCUUUGUGACUAUUUCUUUAUUUAUUUCUGUCCAAAUUUGAUGAUCUGUAAGAAUCUCUUUAUUGGGAUUGCAAUUUCAAACAAACUUUACAUCUUCUUCUUCUCUCUGCUUUUGCCUUCACGACGAGUAGAGAGAGCCAUGGACACACUCAUUGCUCAGUUACAGAGACGAUUUUGUGAUUUCACCAUUAGUCUCUAUCACCAGGGGUUUUUGGAUGAUCAAUUCACAGAAUUGAAAAAGCUGCAAGAUGAAUGUAGUCCUGAUUUUGUGGCUGAGGUUGUUACUCUCUUCUUUGAAGACUGUGAGAAGCUUAUCAGUAAUAUGGCUAGAGCUUUAGAUCAGACAGGAAAUGUAGAUUUCAAACUGGUAGGUUCUAGUGUUCAUCAACUCAAAGGUAGUAGCUCAAGUGUUGGUGCCAAGAGAGUCAAAGGUCUUUGUGUUACCCUCAAGGAGUGUUGCGACUCUCAGAACUAUGAAGGGUGUGUGAGAUGUUUGCAGCAAGUGGAUAUUGAGUACAAGACAUUAAAAGCAAAGCUUCAAGAUCUGUUCAAUCUUGAGCAACAGAUUGUCCAAGCUGGUGGUAGAAUCCCUCAAGUGGAUAUAUAAACAAUAGACCUAUCGACAACAGAACAGCAAGAUGAUGAUCAUCCAGUUGCAUUCUUCAGACGAGUACUACUCGAAUUUGUUGCUUCGAAAAAGAAAAAAAACUCUUGAGAAUGUGUGGAAAAGAGAGGUGAUUGUUGUUCAUAGAUCAAUACUAUGUAUCUUUUGUAUCAUCAUCUCUUGAAUCUUGGUACUGAUCUUAUCUGAAUAGUAUGAAUUUGCAUCUCAUAAGACCAUAUGAACAAGAGUGAGUUAUGUAUUCAAAAACAGGAAUAUUUCCAGACACAGAAGCAUCAUAAGAAGCAGAAAAUUCAAGGAGAGCUACACAAGACAACGCGCAAAAGAAUAGACUCUGAAAGCAAAAAGCUUCACGAAGACAUUGGCAAAAGGAACAAACCAAGAACAAACACUCACAAGUGUCCCCUGUGAAAGCUGAAACCUAAAGUUAAACCCAUCAGCUAAUGUUAAGAAAGAAAACGUCACGCAGUUCUCACUGUGAAAUACAAAACGUCAACGCAGUCUCACUGUCAAAUACAAACGUCACGCAGUUCUUACUGUAAAAUAAGAAAACGUCAAGCAUUUCUCACUGUAAAAUACAAACGUCACGCAGUUUGGUUAGAUAUGUCGUUGCUUUUAAAAAAUUGCG